CCUAGAGGCCACGUCGACGGUAGCGGGGAGGGGCGACGGGUGGCGCGCGUGCGUGCCCCGCCCCUCCUGCGCGGCCCGGAUGAAGAGUAACGCCAUUACCGCCAAGAGCCGCCGAGAGCCCUAGCGGACGCGCACUGGACGCUGACCGGCCGCACCAUGAGACUCCUCCCCCGCCUGCUGCUGCUUUUCCUGCUGGCCUUCCCCGCCGCCGUGCUGCUACGAGGCGGCCCCGGAGGGUCAUUAGCUGUGGCUCAAGAUCUUACAGAAGAUGAAGAAACCGUAGAAGAUCCAAUAAUCGAGGAUGAGGAUGAUGAGGCUGAAGUAGAAGAAGACGAACCCACAGACUUGGCAGAAGAGAAAGAAGAAGAAGAAGAUGUGUCUAGUGAACCAGAAGCUUCACCGAGUGCAGACACAACCAUUCUAUUUGUAAAAGGAGAAGAUUUUCCAGCAAACAACAUUGUGAAGUUCCUGGUUGGCUUUACAAACAAGGGGACAGAAGAUUUUAUUGUUGAGUCACUAGAUGCCUCCUUCCGUUAUCCUCAGGACUACCAGUUUUACAUCCAGAAUUUCACGGCUCUUCCUCUAAACACCAUAGUGCCGCCCCAGAGACAGGCGACUUUUGAGUAUUCCUUCAUUCCUGCAGAGCCUAUGGGGGGACGACCCUUUGGUCUGGUCAUCAAUCUGAACUACAAAGAUUUGAAUGGCAACGUAUUCCAAGAUGCUGUCUUCAAUCAGACGGUCACAGUCAUUGAAAGAGAGGACGGGUUAGAUGGAGAAACAAUUUUUAUGUACAUGUUCCUUGCCGGCCUUGGACUUCUAGUUGUUGUUGGCCUUCAUCAACUUCUUGAAUCUAGAAAGCGCAAGAGACCCAUACAGAAGGUAGAAAUGGGUACCUCAAGUCAAAAUGAUGUUGACAUGAGUUGGAUUCCUCAGGAAACUUUGAAUCAGAUCAUGCAGAGUAGAAGAGGUGAGGUGAUUAACUUCUUCAGUAGGCUUUGCUACAGUUUGGGGGGGCUCUUGCAUAGUGCAUGAAUACAGCAAGUUUAAUGAAUAGAACUGUAUUUUUCUGGAAAAACUGAUACAAAUUACUUUUGAAAGAGUGAAUCUAAAAUGUUACUUAACAUGUUGUGGUUUUUUGCUAAUGAACAGUUUAUUAAAUAUACUAAUUUUUAUGAAGGAACAUAGAAAAAUGUUCCCCGUUUGGUGAGUGGCUUUUUAAAAAGCACUUGUGGGACUGGAAGGCUUGCUCCCUGGUUAAGAGGGCUGACUGCUCUUCCAGAGGAACAGGGUCAGUUUCCAGGAGCCCACACGGCAGCUCACAGCCAUUUGGUACUCCAGUUCUAGAGGAUUCAACCCCUUUUCUGGCCUUUUUCUGGCAAUCACUGUGGUGCACAGACAUCCAUGCAGGCAAAACACUCAUUCAUACACAUUAAAAGAAAGAAAGCAAGCAUUCAAGUUAGCCACAUUGUAAAAUUCUUAAAUUGUUCAGGAAUAUAAAAUUCUGUCCUUGACAUCACUAACGCCAUUUUUUAUAAAUAAUCUGUACUUACAUAGUAAAACAAGUUUCUGUACAUAUUUAUUUCUCUGAAUGCUCCAUCUACAUGGUAACCACAAUGUCCAGGGCCUUACUUUUCUUGCCUACAGUUCAUAUACACUUUCAGAACAUUUUCCCUCAACACAGUGUAGGACACUUGGAGGCAUUUUGAGUUUUGACUAAUCAGAUUUUCUUAUAAGCAUUUUACAUUUUAAGGUGGAAUGGGUCUACUUUCCCUAAUUUUUUUUUUUUUUUUUUUUUUUUUUUUUGGUUCUUUUUUUCGGAGCUGGGGACCGAACCCAGGGCCUUGCGCUUCCUAGGUAAGCGCUCUACCACUGAGCUAAAUCCCCAGCCCCCCCUAAUUUUUUUUUAACCUAUGGAUUCACAAUUCUGCUUUUUUUUUAAAAACUUAAUAGAAAAGAUGUUCAUCUCUUAAUAAUGUUUUAAAUGUAUACAAAACUACAAAUACAAAGAACACUUGUCAUGUAAAUGCCAUUAAAUGGGCUGGGAGCAUGCUUCAGUUGGAGAAGUGUAUUUCACAAGCACGAAGACUACUGCUGUGAUCUCAGAACCCUAACAAAAUAAGCCAAGGGCAGUGAGAUAUGUUUGUAACCUCAGUAUGUCAGAGGCAGAAACAAACUCUGGGUUUGCUGGUCAGCCCAGCCUAUUGAUAAGCCAGUGAGCGUCUCUCUAUAGACAAGAUGGAAAGCUCCUGAGGACCAACACCCACAGUUGUCUUCUGGCCUAUUCAUAAGUAUAAACACUCACUCUUCAUGUGCAUACACGAUCACAUGCUUAUGUGUGUCAAUAAUUUAACAAAGAAGUCAGGUCAGGUGUGGUCUUAAGUGGCCUAAUUUCAGGGCUAGAGGCAGAAGGAUCACAUUUUGGGGGCCCUCCUGGGCUCUAUAAAAAGAUUCUCUCCAAAACCAAACAAAAGUGAACUGAAGUUAGGGUCUAUGAACUCCUAGGUGAGCAGAGAAAAUAAAUAGCCUUUGAUGAUGUCUGAGGCAGGGAAAGAAGAUGGAUCUGAGUGUCUGAUAACAUGUUGCCUUUGGCUUUACUAAAAAUAGGAAAAUUCCACUGUUGUGGUUUUCCUGUGGUGAAAUGGCUUGGCUUUGUUUAGCAUGUUUUAAAUGGGUGGUGGAGGCACUCUCCAUGUCUGUUUUCUGGUGUAGGAUAUGAGGGUUUUUUUUUCACAUUCAUGAUUCUUUUUCUCCACCUAGAGUUUAAAGUUAACUUUGGAAAGAUAAGUAUUUUGACUUUUAAGUAGUUUGAGAUUUAAGUUUUUUUCCUUAGAUUCUAUUUGUCUCCUGACACCCUUAAUAGGGAGUAAUGGUAAAUGUUUGUCUUUGAUAGCUGAAAAAAUUUAUGAUACACGUGAGUGAUUACUUUUUGUUUAAACACAGUGCUUUUUUUCUGCUGUUAAGGUAUUUGAACUACUUUCCCCCAGAACAAAUACCUGUAGCGUCUUACAGACUGCCCUCUGCCUGUGUGCUGCCUACACUGAGCAGGCCGUGGUUGUGAAGGUUAGCGGACUGGCUCUUUUGAGUGGAGUUAAACAGGCAUCAGAAGUCCUCAGGAGUUACCAUACAGGUGGUUGGAUUACUGGGGCUUAGCGGUCACCGUCAUCACUACUGCUCACUGCUGGCGUAACUGCAGUAGCCUGGGAAGUGCUUCCUGACUCUCAGAGACUGUGUACUCAGCUCUUACUUAUUUAAACAGUUUUUGGAAAUUGGUUAACUGGAGACAGGUAUGCAGACAUAAGAGCAUCCUUAGUCUUAAAGAUUGUUGAUAAACAUUUACUAUAAAAUAUAUCCUGACCUAGUAAUUUUUUAGGAAAAAAGGAUGUUAGGCAUAUUCUUUUUCAUUUUUAAAAUGCUUAUAAAUAACCCUUACACCUUGGUAAGUAUCUUUUUCCGGUUAUUUCUUUUUUAAUAUGCAGAAGUCAUUUCAUGGUGAUGGGGGAUGGCGGGACCUUAUGUGGUGCCUACCUGACCUUGUACGUGGGCUCAGAUGAGUCUACCGCCUCAGCGGUUAGUACAUGGCACCAGGCUCUAUACAGUUUCUGUGUUCUUUUUAUUUUUGAAAAAUAAAAGCUUACUUGACAGUGGGCUGUUGUGCAUGGUGUGUAGAGUGUACCUAGAACAUAAAGUGAGAGUGGGUCAGGCCUUCACUUGUUCUUUCUUCUGAAACAGUUUUGCUAGACACAGCCCAGGGGCUGAGAGGACAAACAUGGACCACCAUGCCCUUGUUGACCCUCUGCUUCUAAAAGAAACAAAUAGAGUAUUUCUUUUAUAAAAUAGAAGAAACUCAGCACCACAUAUAUUUCCGUUAACUUCUAAAGAAAGGCUAUAUACUGAUGGCCGGGGCUUGAUUCUUUCAGUUUAAAUUUGUAUACUUGCUAAAACUUAGGCACCCACAACACUAAAUUUUGUCUUAGUGCCUAACAUAAACAUGCUCCAUGUGUCAUAUCUUUUAAUUGUUGUAUUUGGUUUUGAAGCAGAAUCUCGCAGUAGUCCUCGUUAGGUUUGAACUCCUAAUCCCCUACUUCCAUCUCCCAAGUGCUAGGAUGUAGAUCUGUGUCUUUUAAAGUAUUUCAGAAUUCUUACUUUUGCACUUGUAAACAUGUUACUGAAUGUGGCAUGGUGUCUGCAGCAAUACAGCA